AAAGGAAAAAGUAAUCGGGUGUGAAAGCGUGUGCCAAACCCCACCCACACUCUGUCUUCAAAGCUGUUAACGAAACAAUGCAAAUGAUCUGCAGAGUUGCUCCAUCAGCCAUGGCCUCUCUCCCUUGUUCUAGGCCAGGGACAAGUAUCUGUAUGUGGCCUGACAUGAGACAACUUUCUGCUAGGAAGAAUCUAUUGUACGCAGUUAUGAGGCUCUUCUCAAUGCCAUUCAAAACAUUACGUGGUGCUGGUCGGACACUUAGAGUUUCCCAUUUCUGUAGCAUAACAAAUGUGUCUUCUACUCUGCAAAUUGAAUUGGUACCUUGUUUAAAGGAUAACUAUGCAUAUUUACUGCAUGAUGUGGAUACUGGUACUGUUGGAGUAGUGGAUCCUUCUGAAGCUGUGCCUAUUAUAGAUGCUUUGAGUAGAAGCAACCGAAAUUUGACAUACAUACUGAAUACACAUCAUCAUUAUGAUCAUACUGGUGGAAACAUAGAGCUAAAAGCAAGGUACGGGGCAAAGGUAAUUGGGUCCAGACCUGAUAAAGAAAGAAUUCCUGGCAUUGAUAUAGCUCUUCGUGAUGGGGACAAAUGGAUGUUUGCAGGCCAUGAAGUUCUUGUCUUUGAAACUCCAGGCCACACACAAGGCCACAUUAGUUUCUAUUUCCCAGGAUCCAGGUCAAUUUUCACGGGAGACACUUUGUUUAGCUUAUCAUGUGGCAAGCUAUUUGAAGGAACUCCUGAUCAGAUGCUCGCUUCCCUGAGGAAGAUUAUGUUGUUACCCAAUGAUACAAAUAUCUAUUGUGGCCAUGAGUAUACUUUGAGUAAUUCGAAGUUUGCACUUUCAAUAGAACCUGGAAAUCAAGAGUUGCAAUCUUAUGCUGCCCAGAUCACCAAUCUUCGCAAGAAGGGCUUACCCACAAUACCAACAACACUUGAGAAGGAGAAGCUAUGCAAUCCAUUCCUACGGACUUUCAGUAUGGAGAUCAGGAAAUCGUUAAACAUUCCAGACUCUGCGGAUGAUGCUGAAGCCUUGAAGGUUAUCCGCCAAGCUAAGGAUAACUUUUAGUAUAUGCUUUGGAUUCUUCAGCAACUGUCAAAGGCUCAAAGCUAGCUCAACUGCCUGCCAGAGUAAUGUGAGCAUGUUUGACGUUUCGUGUCCCUUGCAAAGCAAAAGACUGUUGGAUGUAUUGUAGCUUUAUGUGUAUAGCAAAAUUUCUUCCAAUUUCUCCUGCAAUAAAAACAAACAAGAUUUAUUGUUCGUCUAAAUAGACACUGGUUAAAUUUCUCAUGUAUGUUAUUAACUGAACAGAUAAUAGUAGAAUUUAGUUGAAAGAUACUGACGAUUUCCUUAUUUCUUGCUAUAAA